AUGCGAGAUGCUGUCGUACACUUCGAGGCGCCGAAACUAAAAUACCACGAUGAUCAUGAAGCAUACGCAAGACGCAUGCGGGAGUUGCUGUUCUUUUCUUCACCUGAUUUUUCAGCCUCCGAGGAUCACGUGCUGAACCACGCGAGUCCAGUUCCACCAUACGUCACAAGUCCUUCAUCCAUGUCAUCUGGUGCUGGACCUGCGGAUGGUCCUCAAACUCAUGCUGGACCUGCGGAAGGUCCUCCUGAAGCGAAACAAGCCGACACGGGCGUCGAAAAAGUAGUAGAAGAAUUAGAGCACGUGCUGGAGCAUGUGAAGGUGUGGGAUACUCAUUUCGUUCCAUCGUCAGGAGCAUCUUCGAAGAUGAUAGACACAUCAGACGUCCGAAAAGAGGACCCUUUAAAGAAUUGGUUAAAAAAACCAAAGUCCGUAUUCAAAUGGCUCACAAUUCGUGGAACGGAAAGACCCCUUUUUAUACCUGCGGAAGCGGACUCGCCAGGCUCAACGGUAUUAGGAGAGGAACAAGCCAAGAAGGCCACAGCUUCAUCUUCCGCAGAGGGCAGAAGUCUUGGAAGCGAACCAAGAUUUUCGGCGUUAUACUGGCACCACAAAGUAGAUCAUGGACACUCACCUGAUGAUCUACGGAGUAAAGACGAGGCAAAAAGCGCGAGCGCAAGCAGUGAUGGACUUAGCAGUGAUGAAAAAGACGAAGAGCAUCGGGGGCGCGCGGCUUCUUCGAUCGAUAUUCCUUCCAUGAUACCUAACACGUCGGAACAAGCUUCCGGUGCCCCUGCUGCUGACCGUGGUGUCACCUUUGAUACCAAAAUCAACAAAGGUCGUGAACGACGCG